AUGCGACGUCGUGCAGGAAUUGGUGCGAUUCAAAAACAAAAACUUGAACAAGAAAAGUAUCGUGACAAGGGUACUGAGCUUCAGGAAAAUCAAUUCGAGCAAAUGGCUAAACAGCUGGAAGUGUUCAGAACAAAUCUAGAAGAAUUUGCCACAAAACAUAAGAAGGAGAUAAAAAAAAAUGCCCAGUUUCGUAGACAGUUUCAGGAAAUGUGUGCUUCAAUUGGCGUGGAUCCUCUUGCAUCAGGAAAAGGAUUUUGGUCUGUUCUAGGAAUUGGCGACUUUUACUAUGAAUUGAGCGUGCAAAUAGUGGAAGUAUGCCUAGCUACUAGUUAUAAGAAUGGUGGUUUAAUAAGUUUGGAUGAAUUAAGACAACGGCUGAUACAAGCCAGAGGUAAAAGUAAACAGCACCAGGAUAUUACCAAUGAUGAUCUUCUCAAUGCUUCUCGGAAAUUGAGAAUAUUUGGGAAUGGUUUUUCAGUUUAUCCAAUAGGAAAAGGGCAGUAUGUGGUGCAGUCUAUACCAGGAGAACUUACUAUGGAUCAUACAGCAGUUUUAACACAGGCAGCAAAUAGUGGUAAAGCUCAUGUUUCUGUUUCUAUGUUGGAACGAGAACUUAAAUGGGAGACAGGAAGAGCUGAAAAAGCUUUAAAUCAUAUGGUGAAAGAAGGACUAGCUUGGCUUGACUCACAAGAUCCCCAGGAAAAAUUGUAUUGGUUUCCCUGUUGUUUUGCUGCUUGUAUAAAUGCUUCAUAG